AUGGAUGUCCAAAACAAAGAAGCCAUACUUGCUGCAGAAGUAGAACCCUCCACAAGCAUACCAGACGAUGUCGAGCAGCAAAAUCAAGACAAAAACAAUCCACCAGUUCAGAGCUCUGUCUUCAAGAGCCUGGGAAUUCUCGAUCAAUUUCUGGCUUUGUGGAUAUUUCUGGCAAUGCUCAUAGGAAUUCUGCUGGGAAACUUCGUCCCAAACACCGGCCCGGCUUUGCAACGGGGAGAGUUUGUAGGAGUAUCCAUCCCAAUUGCUGUUGGUCUCCUCGUCAUGAUGUAUCCCAUCCUCUGCAAAGUCAGGUUCGAGACAUUGCAUCAUUCAUUCAAAGAAAAACAACUCUGGGUGCAAGUCGCCUUCAGCGUUGUUGUCAAUUGGAUCAUUGCUCCCCUGUUCAUGCUUGCUCUGGCUUGGGCGUUUCUUCCCGAUGAGCCAGCCUUGCGCGAGGGUCUUAUCCUGGUAGGAAUCGCUAGGUGUAUAGCCAUGGUCCUGAUCUGGACCGGCUUAGCUGGGGGUGACAAUGAGUAUUGCGCAAUUCUCGUCGCCAUCAACUCGCUACUUCAAAUGGUCCUCUUCGCACCUCUUGCGGUACUCUUCAUUGUCGACAUCAGCCACUCUACAGAGGACGUCGAUGUCGAUUACGCUCCUGUUGCAAAGAGUGUUGGUGUGUUCCUGGGAAUUCCAUUGGCAGCUGCGAUUGUCACACGCUUUACACUGCGCAAACUGUUCGGCAACAACUGGUACAAAAAGGUCUUUUUGAAGGUCAUAGGCCCUCUGUCCUUGAUCGGUCUCUUGUUCACGAUCAUCGUCCUCUUCGGGUCGCAAGGUCGGCGGGUCGUCCAUCAAAUUGUCUCUGUUGUCCGAGUCGCGGCGCCUCUCGUUGUUUACUUUGCCGUCAUAUUCAGCUUGACCUUGGUGAUCACGAGAAGGUUCGGGUUUGGCUAUCGACUGGCGUGUACACAGAGCUUCACCGCCGCAAGCAACAAUUUCGAAUUGGCCAUUGCUGUAGCAGUUGCGACAUAUGGGGCCAACAGCGAUCAGGCUCUAGCUGCAACCGUGGGCCCACUAAUAGAGGUACCUGUCUUGCUCGGUCUGGUGUAUGUGGUCAAAUGGUACGGGCGCAGGAAGAACUGGGCGGCGUAA